CAAACCAAAAGAAAGCAUCAGUUUCAUCUUAUUCCCUUGUCGUUCACAUCUGAAUAUACACAGACCACGAUGAACUCGCUGGUGGUGUUCUUAUCUGUGGUGGCGCUCGUCGCUGGCAAGCCUUCGGGGCUCAUUGGAGCACCCAUCGCGUACUCCGCACCCGCUGUGUACGCCGCACCUGCCCUCAUUGGAGCAUCUGCAGUGUCAAGCCAAUCCCGCCUGGACAUCAAGUCAUCGCCUGCAGUGGUAACCACAUCGGUUGAGCAACCAAUUGUGCGCACUGUGGUCUCCGAGCCUGCCAUAGUUGCUGCGCCCGCAAUCGCUACCGCCGCCAUCGCCCCUGCCGCCGUGUCCAGCCAGUCCCGCCUCGACAUCAAGUCUACGCCCGCCAUUACCAGCACCGUAGUGUCGGCGCCCGUGGCCUACAGCGCUCACUUGGCCUACAGCGCACCCUUGGCCUACGGUGCUUCCUUCGCCUACAGCUCUCCCGCGCUCUUGAAGACGGCGUACGCUCCCGCUCUGACCACCUUCGCUGCCCCUGCUGCCAUCGCUGCUCCCGCCGUGCCUUUGGACACCCCUGAAGUGAUCGCCGCUCGUGCUGCCCAUUUCGAAGCUAAGGCUUUGGCUGGCGCCCAUCUGAUCAAGAAGCGCUCUGCUCCCCUGCUCGCGGCUCCCCUUUUGUCCACCCCGAUUGCUUCCCCUGUGAUCUCCACUUACUCCGCCGCCCCGCUGCUGUCCACCGUGCACGCUGCUCCCCUGGCGUACUCCGCCCCCCUCACCUACUCCGCCCCCUUGAUCACCAAGGCUUACAGCGUGCACCCCUGGUAAGCGUCACCACGAUAACGGGGAAAUUAUUCCUCGGUUCAGAUGUGAUUAAUGAAAAUGGCUAGUAAAUAAAAACAUAAAAAAAUCUAUGACUUUUUAUUCUUUUCUAUUAUUUUUAAUACAACUGUUUUUCCUAUAAAUGGUCGAAAUCUAUCAAAAUACAUGAACAACAUAUUAAAUCAAAUUGAAACAUUUUCAUCACACUGGGAAUGAAGAUUUAUAUUGUCAACACAUCUCAAUACAUAAUCAGUACUUCUCUGUCUACCUAGAUGUUUAAUAAAAGCACUAAAUAUAGAUACGCACCAAUAACAAUAGAUAUAGAAAACAUUAGAAGUUAGUAGUGCUUUAUACAAGCACGUCCAGUACGAAAGGUGCAACUAUUUAUUUUCCUAUUAUAAUAUAAAAUGUACUUUAUUUUUUCUCCGCAUUGUAAUAAAUUACCACAUUUCACUUG